AUGAAUGCAGCAGCCCAGACCUUCGGCCUUGCUGGUUCCCAGACCACCCAGCUCCUCGUGGAGCCCCCCUGGAGGCCGGCGGUGCUGUGGGAACCGGUGACACUGACCUGCCAGGGGUCGGGGACCGACAGUGCCACCAAAUGGUACAGGGACGGGCUGCCUUGGGGACAGGAAGGACAUGACUACGUCACUGUCACUGAUAGUGGCACCUACUGGUGUGGCAGUGUGGUCAGUGUGUUCAGCCUCCCCGUGAGACUCUUAGAUGACCCACUUGUGCUGCAGGUGCCAGCACAGGCAUUGCUGGAGGGGGACACGGUGACACUGCGCUGCCGCGGCUGGCAGGACAACCCGGUCACCAGGGUGCGAUUUUACCAGGACGUGACGGAUCUGGAUGGAUCACUCACGGGGACCGAGCUGUCCCUGUCCCCUCUACAGGGACGGGACAACCCGGUCACCAGAGUGCGAUUUUACCAGGACGUGACGGAUCUGGAUGGAUCACUCACGGGGACCGAGCUGUCCCUGUCCCCUCUGCAGCUGAAUCACAGCAGCCUCUACUGCUGCAGGGGCCAGGAAGAGCUCUUCCUGGUGCCGGUGCUGGAGGCCCCCCUCCUGCACAUGUUCUACCAUGACAGGCAGGUGGUGGGGGUUCCAGAGGAGUCCCCGCAGCUGCUGGUGCCCGUCGUGGGGGUCUCCCACUCAGGGAAUUACAGCUGCCAGGUGCGCUCCGAGGGGGGGAACGUGAGGAAGAGCAGCGCCCGGUUCCGCGUGACGGGAUGGGCAUGGGGAGCACACAAAGACCCGCAGGGUCCGCUGUCUAGGUAUGUCCAUGUGCUCCAGACACCUUACUUGUGUCCUUCCAUCACUCCCUUUGUCCCCUCGCCCCUCCAUGUUGUGACCUGACCCCUGAUAUCCCCCACCACACCCAUCCCGCCUGUCCCUAUCCCCCCCACCGCCGCCAGCUGCCAGCCCCUCCCUGUGGCCUCAGCCCUGCCUCUG